GUUCGAGCAAGAAGAAGAAGUCUUCCCGAUACAAGCCAGAAACUGUUGCUCUCAGAGAGAUUCGCCAAUUCAAGAAGACCACUAAACUUCUUAUCCCACCUGCUAGGUUCAUAAGACACCUACGUGUUUCUCAAGAAGCUGAUUUGUCUCAAUAUAAAUUGAAGUGA